AUGGUGCAGCAAGGACAGAUUGACCACCUGCUCCAGGAGACCGGGGAGAUUCAGCCGCCGGACUUCCUGGUGCGGCAGGCGUUUCUGCAGGACUACGAGGGGGCCUACCGGGACUCGAUGGACUCGCCGGAGGCGUUCUGGGAGGGCGUGGCAUCGGAGCUGGAGUGGACCCGCCGGUGGGACAGCGUGUUUCCAGUGGGACUACCCCACCUUCCGCUGGUUCCUGGGCGCGAAGUGCAACAUCACCCAGAACGCCCUUGA